AUGCAACAGAUGGAUGAAAUUUCCAUGGAUGAUGGUGCUAUCAGAGUUAUACAUUCAUUUACUGAAGAAAUUAUUCACGUCGAUAAUAUGCAACAUGAGAGCUCAACACAAAAUCAAUCUGAUGCAGCAGAAUCUAGAGAUGUUCCUGAAAAAAUGAAGAAGUUAUCCAUAACUUCAAUAUCUUUGAAUCAUUCGUGUUGGUCAAGACAUCAAACUGCAACAGCUGCCGGUGCGUUUGCUCUCUUCGCAAUUUUAAUAAUGGUCACAAGUAUAUUGAUUGUUUGUCUGACUUCUCCAAAAGCAGCAGUGGAACAGUGUGAACUAAAAUUUAUACAAACUCCGCAAAAUCCGAUUGAAUACAGUUUUGGCCCUCGAUCCGUUGCCGUUGGCAAUUUCAAUGAUGAUGAGCAAUUAGAUAUUGUUGUUGCCAAUCGUGCCGAUGAUAGUAUUUCUGUAUUUCUUGGAUAUUAUAAUGGUGCCUUUGCAAGUAGAAUGACGUAUUCGACUGGUUUAUAUUCUGCUCCAUAUAUGGUAGCGAUCAAUGAUUUUAACAACGAUCAUCAUACAGAUAUUGCUGUCGUAUAUUUCGGUACCAAUAGCAUCGGUAUAUUUCUUGGAGGUGGAAACGGCUCUUUCAUCAAUAAAACAGUAAUCUCAACUGGUUCAUCACGUCCAAUUUGGAUACAUAUAGCUGAUCUCGAUAAUGACACCUCACUUGAUAUCGUUACAGCUAAUUAUGGAACUGAUAGUAUUAGCAUAUAUUAUGGAUAUGGAGAUGGAACUUUUUCAUAUCCGGUCACAUAUUCAACCGGCUACGAUUCUUCACCAUUCUCGGUCAUCAGUGCAGACUUUAACAAUGAUAAUCAUUUAGAUCUUGCUAUUGCAAAUUAUGGCACAAAUAAUAUAGGUAUAUUUAUUGCAAAUGGCAACAGAACCUUUUUAAAUCAACAGUUACUUUCAACUGGAAUUAACUCGCAUCCAUAUUCACUCAUCGUUGGUUAUUUUAAUUAUGACAGUUUUUUAGAUAUUGCUGUCGCGAAUUAUGGAACUAAUAAUGUCGGUGUACUUCUAGGUAGCACCAACGGUAUUUUUACCAGUCAAAUAAUCUACUCGCUUAAUACUUCUUCACCAUAUUCUAUUGGUCUUGGUGACUUCAACAAAGACUAUCGACUUGAUUUAGUCAUCAGUAAUCAAGGUACUAAUAAUAUAGGAAUGUUACUGGGAUUCGGUAAUGGCAGUUUUUCUGAAGCAACCAUGAGUUCAACUGGCUCUUCUUCUUCAAUCUCUCUUGCUGUAGCUGAUUUCAACAAAGACAAUCUGCUUGACGUUAUUAUCAUUAGCAACGAUACUGGCAGUAUAGGCAUUCUUUUUGGUUAUGAUGAAGGCUUUGAAACACUAAAACCAUAUCCAAUUGGCAUUUAUCCCUAUUCUCUAGCUGUUGGUGAUUUCAACAAUGACACCCGACUGGAUAUCGUCGUUACCAAUCAGGGUGACUUCACUGUAAGUGUACUUCUCGGAUAUGGCAACGGUUUAUUUGCAGGUCAAACUACCUAUUCAACUGGCUCUGGACCAGUUUCUGUAGCUGUUAGUGACUUCAACAGUGACACUCUACUGGACAUCGUUGUUGGUAAUGCAUAUGACAAGACUAUAAGUGUGCUACUCGGAUAUGGCAAUGGUUCGUUUGCAAAUCAAACUACCUAUUCAGCUGGCUCUCAUCCAAGUUGUGUGGCUGUUGGUAAUUUCAACAAUGAUACUUGGCUAGAUAUCGUUGUUACUAAUCAAGAUGAGAGCACUGUAAGUGUACUUCUCGGAUAUGGCAACGGUUCUUUUGCGAAUCAAACUAAAUAUUCAACUGGCAAUUCUCCAUCUUCUGCAGUUAUUAGUGAUUUCAACAAUGACACGCGAUUGGAUAUCAUCGUUACUAUGUAUUUUGGCACCACUAUGAGUGUACUUCUCGGAUAUGGCAAUGGUUCUUUUGCAAAUCUAAUUAAAUAUUCAACUGGCAAUGCUCCAUCUUCUAUAGCUGCUGGUGAUUUCAACAAUGAUACUCGGCUAGAUAUUGUUGUUGGUAAUUGGAGGGACAACACCGUAGGUGUAUUGCUUCAUUAUAGCAAAGGAUCUUUAGGAAACGAAAUAACAUUUGCCUCUGGUGGUGGUUCUAGUCUACGUUAUGUUGCUGUCGAUGAUUUUAACAAUGAUACGAUGUUAGAUCUUAUCGUCGUUAAUUAUGGCACUAAUGAUAUAGGUAUACUUCUUGGAAAUAGUAGUGGAUCAUUUUUAGAGCAAAAAACGUUUCUAACAGGCUCAAAUCCAGAUUCACUUGCCAUAGGUGAUUUCAAUAAUGAUGGUCAACACGAUUUUGCUGUAGUUAAUUAUGGUAGUAAAAACAUUGAUAUAUUUGUUGGAAAUGGAAAGGGAACAUUUACACGUCAGUUAACUACUGGAUCUAGUUUCAUUUUCGCUCCUGUAGUUGUUAGUACUGGUGAUUUCAACAAUGAUGGACAAUCGGAAAUUAUUGUUGCAUAUGAUAAUACUGAUAAGAUAGAUAUAUUUGUUGUCUUUGAUACUGGCGCUUUUACAAAACAAAUUACGUAUCCAGCUGGUAAUUCUCCAUGGUCUGUAGCUGUUGGUGAUUUCAACAAUGACACUCAUUCUGAUAUCGUCGUUACCAAUUAUGGUGACAGCACUGUAAGUGUACUUCUCGGAUAUGACAAUGGUUCGUUUGCAGAUCAGAUUAUACAUUCAACUGGCAGUUCUCCAUCUUCUGUAGCUGUUGGUGAUUUUAACAAUGACAAUCGAUCGGAUAUCGUUGUUGGUAAUUUUAAUGACAACAUAGUAAGUGUACUUCUUGGAUAUGGCAAUGGUUCUUUUGCAGAUCAAGUUACGUAUUAUACUGAUGGCGAUUCGACUUGUGUAGCUGUUGGUGAUUUCAACAAUGACACUCUAUUAGAUAUCGUCAUUGUUAAUUAUAUUGGCAGCACUGUAAGUGUACUUUUCGGAUAUGGUAAUGGUUCUUUUAGCGAUCAAACUAGGUAUCCAACUGGCUAUUUACCGUAUUUUGUAGUUGUUGGUGAUUUCAACAAUGAUACUCAUUCGGAUAUUGUUGUUACUAAUUAUGGUGGCAACACCGUAAGCGUACUUCUCGGAUUUGGUAAUGGUUCGUUUGCAGAUCAAGUCACGUAUUUAACUGGCAAUUCUCCAUAUUCCAUCGCUGUUUGUGAUUUCAACAAUGACACUCGAUUGGAUAUCGUUGUUGCCAAUCAGGCGGACAACACGAUAAGUGUACUUCUCGGAUUUGGUAAUGGUUCGUUCGCAAAUCAAACUAUCUAUUCAGCUGGCUCUUCGCCACAGUCUGUAGCUGUUGGUGAUUUCAGCAAUGAUAGUCGAUUGGAUAUCAUUGUUGUUAAUUUCGUUGACAACACAGCAAGUGUAUUUCUCGGAUAUGGCAAUGGUUCUUUUGCAGAUCAAUUCACGUAUUUAACUGGUAAUUCUCCAUAUUCUGUAGCUGUUAGUAAUUUCAACAAUGAUACUCGAUUAGAUGUCGUCGUUGCUAAUUCGAAAGGCAACACUGUAAGUAUAUUUUUUGGAUACUUAAAUAAGGGUUUUCAAUAUCAAAUGACACUUAUAACUGGUACGAGGUCUUUUCCGCGAUCAUUCGUCGUUGGCGAUUUCAACAAUGACACUUAUAUGGAUAUUGCUGUUGCAAAUUCAGGCACCAAUAAUAUUGGUAUUUUUCUGGGAUUUGGUAAUAGUUCUUUUUCAAAUCAAACAACAUUUGCAACUGGCUCUGGUUCAUGGUCUUUAGCUGCUGCUGAUUUAAACAACGAUAAUCGAUUAGAUAUUAUUGUCAGUAAUAUUAAUGAUAGUAAUAUCAGUGUACUUCUCGGUUAUGGGAAUGGAUUUUUUAUGAAUCAAACAAUAUAUUCAACUGGAAUUAAUGCUGAACCUUACUCAGUUGCCAUUGGUGAUUUUAAUAAUGACGGCUUAUUAGAUAUCAUUGUUGCUAAUUAUCGUGCUAGCAAUGUAGUUAUAUUAUUUGGAUCUGGUGGUGGUAGAUUUACAGAUUCAAAAGUAUAUUGGGUUAGCUAUGGAUCUUUUCCAUUUUCUGUCGUUGUUGGCGAUUUCAACAAUGAUACAAAAUUGGAUUUUGCGGUCGCUAACUAUGGUGAUGACAAUUUGAAGAUUUUAUUACAGACUUGUUAA